CGGCGGGGCGUGCGUGCUGCUGCCUGCCAGUUCAAAAUGGCGGUGGUGCAGGAGGAGGAGUUCGUGCCGCUCUUGGCCUCCUGCCGCGUGCUGGUCGUCGGUGCUGGUGGAAUCGGCUGUGAAUUAUUGAAGAACUUAGUGCUCACUGGAUUUGAAGAUAUAGAAGUGAUUGACUUAGACACAAUAGAUGUCAGCAACCUAAACCGGCAGUUCCUGUUUCAAAAAUGCCAUGUGGGAAGGAGUAAGGCUGAGGUUGCCAAGGAGUCAGCCCUUAGAUUCAACCCCAAGGCAAAGAUAGUGGCUCACCAUGACUCUGUGUUAAAGUCAAAGUAUGGAGUUCCAUUCUUCAAGGAAUUCACCAUGGUUAUGAAUGCACUAGACAACAGAUCUGCUAGGAAUCAUGUCAACCGACUCUGCCUUGCAGCUGACAUUCCAUUAGUGGAGAGUGGGACAGCAGGAUAUCUUGGACAAGUCACGGUAAUCAAGAAGGGACUCACUGAAUGCUACGAGUGUCAGCCCAAGCCAGCUCAGAAGACCUACCCAGGGUGCACUAUCAGAAACACUCCAUCAGAACCCAUCCAUUGUAUUGUAUGGGCCAAGCAUCUCUUCAAUCAACUUUUUGGUGAGGCUGACCCUGAUGAGGAUGUUUCACCAGACUCUGCAGACCCAGAGUUAGUGGGUCAGGCUGGGCAGUCUGCUCUUGAUAAUGCAGGGGCAGGUACAUCACAGGAUGGCCACUCCGCAUCUAGUGCAUCUCAGGACACAAAGUCCACUACAAACGGAAAUGUUUCAAGAGUGUCUACACGUGCAUGGGCUAUUUCACAUGAUUACUGUCCUAAGAAACUGUUCACCAAGCUAUUCUCAGAGGACAUCUUAUACUUGCUCUCCAUGGAUAAACUGUGGGAGAAAAGGCGCCAGCCAACCCCUCUAACCUGGGAGGAGGCAGGAAGCUUGGGUGAGAAGGGAGCUCAGAGUGAGCAGAGCAGCAUAGUAGAUCAGCGUCUUUGGACUGUGAAGGAAUGCCAAGAAGUGUUCUCAUCUGCAGUACACAAGCUUAGAAACAGACUCAAGGAUGAAGAAGCUGAACUUGUGUGGGACAAAGAUGAUCAAGAUGGCAUGGAUUUUGUGUGUGCUUGUGCAAAUAUACGGGCACACAUCUUUGGUAUUCAGAGGAAGACAAGAUUUGAUAUUAAAUCUAUGGCAGGCAAUAUUAUCCCUGCCAUUGCCACAACCAAUGCUGUAAUUGCGGGACUGAUAGUGCUGGAGGGACUGAAGGUGUUAACAGGAAAACUGGAAGCAGCUCGGACUACAUACCUAAAUCGGCGACCUAACCCUCGCCGGCGAUUGCUUGUACCCUGUGCAUUGGAUCCUCCACGGCCCCAGUGCCUCGUGUGUGCCCCUAAGCCUCGUUUAUCAUUGAGGCUGCCUGUAGCUCGGACCACUGUGGGUGCUCUGAAGGACAAAAUUUUACGAGGUGCUUUGGCUAUGGCAGCCCCUGAUGUCGAGGUGGUGGAUGGCAAGGGCACUAUUCUAAUUUCAUCGGAGGAAGGGGAGACUCAAGAAAAUAAUGACAAAUUUCUGAAGGAUUUCAACAUAAUGGAUGGAACUCAGCUGAACUGUGAUGACUUUCUACAAAACUACAACAUCAUGGUGGACAUAAUUGACUGUGACCAUUUGAAGGAUGGGGCUGAGUUUGAGGUCAUUGGUGACCCUGAAGAAUUGAAAAAAGAACAAGAACAAGAAGCCAAGAUGAAAGAUGAGUCAGCAGAGCAGGGCACAUCAGAUGCAACUAAAACUAAAGCAACACCACCAUUGCAGCCAACAACAUCAGUGGUGGAAGAUGAUGAUGACCUGGUUUGUCUAGAUGAUGAAGUUGUGGAGAAGAAGAGAAAAUCAGAUGGUGAUGAAAUAGAAGAGGAACCUCCUCACAAGAAAACUCGAAGUAGUCAGGAUGCUGAUGAAACAGAAGAAAUAAUGGUGUUGGAGUGAAGGAAUAAAGUAACAGUUGGUAUUGCAUUUCUUUGCUGCAUUAUAUGGAUGUGUGUAUAACACACACAAAAUGGGGUAAGAAUUGAGUGUCUGAUAUCUGGUUACCAUACAGGAAAAAGUAUAUACAGAAGCUUGAAAGGAUACAAAAGCCUAACUUAAUUGGAACCAAACUUACCACAGCUGUCAUAUGAAGAGAGGUUGGAUAUUUUGAAACUGACAAAGACAAAAAGUUUGAAAAGAGAAAGAGGAGACUUGACAAUUAUGUAUUGGGCAGUUAGGGGAUUAGAACACACACAUUAAAGCUCUAUGCUGCCAGGCAAUGAAGAGUCCAGCUUGUGAUCAGAUUGUGGUGAAUUACACACACACGCACAAUGAUAAAUACCUCUAUUGUCUCGCAUCAGUUUUCAGAUCUGUAUUAUGUAUUUAUUCCUAAAUGUAAUUACUACACUUUAGGAGCUGCAAAGAAUGGGGUUUCUUCACAAAAGCAUUUUCAUGUCUACCCUAAAUAGUUCAAAUACAUUUUCCAUCUUAGGUCAAGUAAUUUAUAUAGGUUCGUUAAUUUCCAAUAAAGAAUAUAAAAUCA